CGCUGGUUGGACCCGAGAGCAGACAAAACUUACGUAGUCUUGGCUCAUCAUCGCUGCCUGCCUCUCUCUAUGGACGGCCGGAGGGGAGAGUGGGGAAUUGCUGGGAUCCUAGCUGUUGUCGUGGGCUUCGUGGUGCCUUCAGAGGGCCAGGUGAUGAUUUAAGUCACGGGGAAAAAGGAAAAAAAAAAAAAAAACCGGGCACGCAGAGUGGAAAAGAAGCCGAAGAAGAAGAAAAAAAAAAAAGACAGGAAAGAAAGAAAGAAAGGAAAGACGUGGGGGAAGAGAGCGGAGGAGCAGCAGCCGUUGAGAGAUGUGCGGUCGGGCCGAGAUUGCUGCGGUAACCCUGUCUAGGCCUGGACUGAGCAGAUUGUUCUGAGAGGAAACGGACAACAAACGGGGGAAGUGACCAUGGCCGGGACCCCUGGCUUCUUUUCCAACGGACCUGUCCAGUGGACGGACAACGACACGGAGAUGACCAACCUGUACCGGGACCUGGAGCUGGGCACGGUGCUGACUCUGUUUUCCUCCAAGAAAUACCAGAAGCCGGAGAGGCGGACUUUUCAAGUAAAGCUGGAGACCCGGACUAUUAUCUGGACGCGAAGCACCGACAAAAUAGAAGGAGAGAUUGACAUUCGGGAGAUCAAAGAGAUCCGUUUAUGUUUGAGGUCCCGGGACUCUGAGCGCUAUUUGGAGGAAUCGGCAGCGCGGCACGACCCUUUCUCCUUCAUUAUUCUGUACGGCACAGAGUUCCGCCUUAAAUCCCUCGCCUUGGCAGCAACAUCUGACGAGGAGAUGUCCAUGUGGGUCAGGGGGUUAAAGUGGCUUGUGAAUGACACUUUAAAGGCACCGACGCCGUUACAAAUAGAAAGGUGGUUACGCAAGCAGUUCUACGCUGCUGAUCGGCGCAGAGAGGAUAGGAUAUCCUGUAAGGAUCUGAAGAACUUGCUGAUCCAGGUCAACUACAGGGUGCCAAACAUGAGGUUCAUCAAAGACAAACUUCCGGACUGCGAAGGCAGGAACGGAGACGUGACCUUCAGCCAGUUCGCCCAGCUCUAUCGCAACCUCAUGUUUGAGGCUCAGAAGAUGGUGGAGAUCACUUUUAUGCAAAAGUUUAUUGACAGACCAGAUCAGAGGAUCACUCUGGAGAACUUCAAAAGCUUUCUCAUAGAGACUCAAAACGAAUUAUGGGCCACGGACAACAACAAGGUUCAGGAGUUUAUGUUUGGCUACCUGAAAGAUCCCCUAAGAGAAGUGGAGCAGCCAUAUUUUCAUCUAGAAGAGUUCCUCACAUACCUCUUCUCCAAAGAAAACAGCAUCUGGGAUUCUUCUAUGAGCAAAAGCUGUCCUGAAAGUAUGAACAACCCCCUGUCCCACUACUGGAUCUCCUCUUCGCACAACACCUACCUGACAGGAGACCAGUUUGCCAGCGAGUCGUCCUUGGAGGCGUACGCCCGCUGUCUGAGGAUGGGAUGUCGCUGCAUCGAAUUGGACUGCUGGGAUGGUCCUGAUGGAAUGCCGGUUAUUUAUCACGGACACACCCUCACGUCAAAAAUCAAGUUCAGCGACGUCCUGAACACCAUCAAAGACCACGCUUUUGUCACAUCCGAGUACCCCGUCAUCCUGUCUAUCGAGGACCACUGUAGCAUUGUCCAGCAGAGGAAUAUGGCCACCCACUUUAAGAAAGUGUUCGGAGACAUGCUGCUGACCAAAGCCGUGGAUAUAUCUGCAGACGGCCUGCCUUCGCCCAACCAGCUCAGGAGGAAGAUCCUCAUCAAGCAUAAGAAGCUGGCCGAGGGUAGCGCCUACGAGGAGGUGCCCAACCCGACACCUUAUUCAGAGAAUGAUAUCAGCAACUCUGCCAAAAACGGCAUCCUUUACCUGGAAGAUCCAAUUAACCAUGAGUGGAACGCUCAUUUCUUUGUCCUGAACGGCAAAAUGCUCUACUAUUCAGUGGAGACCAACAGUAACCAGGGUAACGAUGAGGAGGAGGAGCACAGAGAGGUGUCCAACGCUAUGGACCAGCACGUGACAGAAAAAUGGUUUCAUGGAAAGCUCGGCGCUGGGCGGGACGGGCGGCAGAUCGCCGAGAGGCUCCUGUCGGAUUACUGCCUGGAGACCGGAGCUCCUGACGGCUCCUUCCUGGUCCGGGAGAGCGAAACCUUUGUUGGGGACUACACGCUGUCUUUCUGGCGCCUGGGCCGCGUGCAGCACUGCCGCAUCCACUCUCGGCAGGAAGCCGGCAGCCCCAAGUUCUACCUGACGGACAACCUGGUGUUCGACUCGCUCUUCGCGCUGAUCAACCACUACCAACAGGUGGCGCUGCGCUGCAAUGAGUUUGAGAUGAAGCUGACCGAGCCGGUGCCUCAGACCAACGCUCACGAGAGCAAGGAAUGGUACCAUGCCAACCUUUCCAGGAGCCAGGCAGAGAACAUGUUGAUGAGGGUUCCUCGUGACGGGGCCUUCCUUGUCAGGAAAAGGGCAGAGCCCUACUCUUUUGCCAUUUCGUUCAGGGCCGAGGGUAAGAUCAAGCACUGUCGAGUCCAGCAGGAAGGCCAGACGGUGUUGCUGGGCACCUCGGAGUUCGACAGCCUCGUAGAUCUCGUCAAUUAUUAUGAAAAGCACCCUCUGUAUCGCAAAAUGAAGCUACGCUAUCCCAUCAACGAGGACACACUGGAGAAGAUAGGCACUGCUGAGCCAGACUACGGGGCGCUGUACGAGGGCAGGAAUCCAGGCUUUUACGUGGAGGCGAACCAAAUGCCAACUGUGAAGUACACGGUGAAAGCCAUGUACGACUAUAAGGCUCAGCGAGACGACGAGCUCACCUUCACCAAGAACGCCAUCAUCACCAACGUGGACAAACCGGAAGGAGGAUGGUGGAAAGGCGACUGUGGAGCAAAGAAGCAGAUGUGGUUCCCCGCGAACUACGUGGAGGAGAUCAGCGCUUCGGCAGCAGAGCCGGACAGACCUGAGGAGGCAGAAAACAGCCCUCUCGGAGAUCUGCUGAGAGGAAGCAUGGAUGUCAGUUCCUGUCAGAUUAUCAUGCGUCCUGAAGGAAGUUUCAGCAGACCUCACGUCUUCUCCUUGAUUCAGAGUAGCGCGCCACACGUUACUUUGCUGGACGUGGCCGCCAGCAGCCCGGAGGAUCUCAAAGACUGGGCGGCAAAGAUCCACGAAGUCGCUGCGUCUUCUGAAGCCAAGGUGAACACGCCAGCCAGAAACAUGGAGGAGGAUAAGGUAAUGGAAAGGAGGAAGAAGAUCGCACUGGAGCUCUCGGAGCUGGUCAUCUACUGCAGGCCGGUCCCUUUUGAUGAAGAAAAGAUCGGCACAGAGCGGGCCUGCUUCCGUGACAUGUCGUCCUUUCCCGAGACCAAGGCAGAGAAGUACAUGAACAGAACCAAGGGGAAGAAGUUCCUCCAGUACAACCGGCUGCAGCUGUCCAGGAUCUAUCCCAGAGGCCAGCGGAUCGACUCCUCCAACUACGACCCGCUCCCCAUGUGGCUCUGCGGAUCCCAGCUGGUCGCGCUCAACUUCCAGACCGCAGACAAGCCCAUGCAGAUGAACCAGGCCCUGUUCUCGCUGAACGGACGGAGCGGCUACGUCCUCCAGCCUCCCAUCAUGAGAGACGACGUGUUUGAUCCCUUCGACAGAAACACACUACGAGGCGUAGACCAAAUCUCGAUGACGAUAGAGGUUUUGGGUGCUCGGCACCUCCCGAAGCACGGGAGAGGCAUCGUCUCCCCUCUCAUCGAGAUCGAGGUGUGCGGCGCAGAGUACGACAACGCCAAGCAGAAAACGAACUCUGCAACGGACAACGGUCUGAAUCCCAUCUGGCCGAGCAAGUCCUUCCACUUCACCAUCUGCAACUCCACCUUCGCCUUCCUGCGUUUUGGGGUUUAUGAAAUCGACAUGUUCAACGACCAGAACUUUCUGGCUCAGGCGACGUUCCCGAUCCAAGGCCUCAAGACGGGCUACAGGUCAGUGCCGCUGAAGAACAGCUACAACGAAGAUCUGGAGCUGGCCUCUCUGCUGGUCUUCGUGGAUAUCGUCAGAGGCAGGGAUGAGAACGGGGAAGUCACGAGCCCCUUCUCGGCGGCGGGCACCACGCCGGUGCUGGCGUCGGCCCAGGCGGGACGGGAGCGCUUCGGGGAGCUGGGCUCCGUGUCCUCGACGUCCUCCAUGUCCCCGCUGCCCCAGUCGCCCGCUCAGGCCACGUCCUACGGAGGGAGGGAGGGCUCCUUUGAAUCCCGCUACCAGUCCCCCAUAGAUGACUUCAGGGUGUCCCAGGAGGCUCUGCUGGACCAGAUGGACCCGCAGAACAGGAGGGUGUUGCGGAGGACCAGUCGCCUCUCCCCGUACUGAUGAUGUCACUGACUGCUGUGAUUGCUGUUUCCAUGGAAACGCCCACCACCGCUUUGGCCUACAUUUCAGGCAGCUCUCCCUCCUUCGAUUCCUCUUAUAACCCCCCCCCACCGCACCCCACCCCCGUACACUGCAGGGGGGGGGGGUGAGGCUGACAGGAAGCAGACGGCUGCAGACAGGAAGACGAAAAAAGCUGGAAGACUGAGAAAGUCCUAGACUGUAAUCUCCUUUUUUUUAUGUUCCUGUUGUACACGACGGAGACCAAGAGGAAGGAGAGAGAGACCCGGAGGAGGUUCUGGUUGCUCCUCUCUUUGCUCUGUGUGGAUAUGUAUAUUUAUUCCUGCUGUGCCGUUGGCCAGGGGACAGCAGGCCCGCUCUCAAAGAGCUCCCGUCUCCUCGUUUUUUUUUUUUUUUAAAUAUUUCAGUUAUUUAAACGUUCAAUGAUGUGACUUUACGUUAGUGUGAAUCACGAGGGCUUUCUGCGGCUACUUUUAACGUCUCUCUGCUUCGUGAAGGGCAUCCCGUGCCUCCGCUCUAACUCUCACUCGCAAUCUGGACUGAUAUCACAGAAGUGUUUCCUUUUUUAUUUUAUUUUUUUUUUAUUUUGCAUUCGUAAAGUCGUGAGGAGGAGGUCGCAGCCUGUUUAUUUUUAUUUUUUUUUUCCCUUACGAGGGCCGCCAUGUUUCUGACUUACAUUCCAAAAAAAAAAAAAACCCUGCACAUCAUUCCAUCGUCCCGCUUUAUCCUUGUGGCGCCUGGAGCGUGUGGCGGUGCAGGAAGCAGGGACACAUGGUGGACCUGGACCCUGACACUACCGUCAUGUUCCCAACACACCCCUGGUAAAAUGGCAGCUUGUUUUUAUUUUAUUUUUUUAUUUGACCUAAUUGGGCCACGGUGAAUAAUUUUCGAAACUGGGUCCAUCUUUAUUUUUUUUUUUUUUAUGUAAACAUUCAACUGAGAAAUAAAUGAACUGUAAGAAGGGAGAAUUUGGGGGAAAAACCUGGUUUAAAAGGCGCAUGAAGCUUUUAACAAAUACUUUUGUUGAAACGUCCUAGUUAAAGCAUCUGGUCUCCUUUGUUAUGAGACAGCGUGCCCCAUAUUUACUCAAAGGGUCUCCAAAUGUAUCGGAUAGAGUGCAUGAAUGAAGUCUUCUGGUUUCUAUCAGACAUCCGAAGGUUUUUCUGUCAAAGUCCUCAGCUCCAUCCGGACAAAAUUAACCCCACCAUCACCGCUCUCUUUUUGGAGAUGAUGCUUUCGUACCCGUCCUAACUUUUGGACCUUUUGCGUUUUAAAUCUGAUUCCAACAAACCCCAAACGCGUCCUUCCACGAGGCGCUUGGGGAUUUGUCUCUGGUAGAAAAACCUUCAGCCUGGUGACUGCAGAACUUCUGCAGCUCCUUCAGUGGCGCUGCCGCCGUCCCGGUAGCCUCACUGAUCGGCCCGGGUUUCUGCAGAUCCUCAUGAAUUUAGAUAUAAGUUUAAAAAAAAUAAAAAAUGAAUGCAAAUUAGAUGAAAUUAGAACAUUUUGAAUUUAGCUUUCAUAACAAUCUGGGGAAAAAUAUUUCAGCCAGAGAUUUUAAAGACAAAUGUUUUGUAAUAUGCAGCCAGAAUGUGUAAAUAUAUGCAGGUUUCCCCCAACAUGCAUUCGCUUACGACUUUUUAAGUCCCUCCAGGAACGGUGGCGGUUUAAAAAUCGCUUUUGGAAGCUCCUCAGGGUUAACCUCUCUGCAAAGGAGGGAUGGUGAGGAAGCGCUUCUUGGAGAUAAACGUUCAGAUUUCAGGUGGAUGGCAGGUUUGAACUCAGGAGUAAAUCAAAGGGACCCUUCUGCUGAGUACUGGGGUGUUUUCUACGGCGUGCACACUUAUGCGGCCAUUUUCCUCUGGAACAGACUUGUGUAUUUUGCUAAAUUAGUACAGGACGUGUCAAAGGUGUAAAAGUUUUAAAAGAUUAAUCAUGGUGAUCUUUUGUUUUAAGUCACAAACACUUGCAUUUUUAACAGGGGGUGUUGUAAACUUGAGGGUCACUGUCACCCAGCUACCCGGACCGGAUCGCUCUCUCCUCACGCGCACAGAUGUGGGUUGAUGUUUAUCGUGUCCAGUGUUUUAAAGGUCCGCACACAUGGUUCUAAGGUUCUGAGCCUGCGUGUUUUUUUUUUUUUUGCUGCUGUUGGAUUCAAGAGUAUUAAGACAUUGAGUAUUGAAGACCAGAAGUGACCAAAUGAUGGCGCGUGAAUGAGAGAUCUCCUAAGUCUCCGCUGUCCUGUUCGUCACGCUGCCUGUAAACGGAUAUUUAUUUUUUCCCGUGAACUGGACUAAAGGAUCAGGUUGGUUAGGAGCAGCGGCUGACAGGUUUCUGUGCUCCUCAGACGUGAUCCUAUCCACAGUUUGGAGUCUAAAAGCGGCGUUCCCUACAGUAGGUCAAUAAAUGCUCGGUGUUGGAGACGCGUUUAAGCCAUAAAGGGUGAGUUUAAAGCAGAAGUGGGAUCACCGUACUGGAGGGCUGGGGCAUUUUCUUGCAUUUGCACUCUAAUAUUAAUCCCAAAGCUCUUUCAUGUUACAUGUAUCUUCCCCCUGGGUGUGUUUUUUUUUUUUUUUUUUUUUUCCUUCUUUGUGGAGCUCCCCCCCUUACGGCAGUGCGUUGCUCUUAUUUCUGGCCUGCCUGCAGAACCAUAACAUUAACAUAACGUCUCCCCACAGCCGUGAUCACGUAUUGUGACGGAUUGUUUACCGGUUUCAGAACGUGUCUGUAGGAAUAUUCUCUGCGUUGAGGUCAGAUUACUUUUGCUUUUUCUUUAUAAUUUUAUCUUUUUUUUUUUCUUAUGCUAGUGAUGGCCUCAUUUACAUUUGCCUUCCUGUAAUGUGCCUAAACUAUGAAGAGAAGUAUUAAUUUUUUUUUUUUUUUUUUUGCCUUUUCAUAUGGAACAUAUUCAAGCCUGAAAAGUAAAUAAAAUACUCACUGCUUUAUA